UCCUUUCUCUUUCCGCCGCCAUGUCCUGGUUUCAGUACUUGCGGCAACUUUACUCCCUGGACACACUCGACACCCGCUUCAUCAUCUCCGCAUCCACACCCCCGAAGCAAGCCGCCAGCGAUCCCCAGAUUGACCCUGCGAAGCCCUCCCCAUCCGAGGCAGCACAACGCGAACAAGCCAAAGGAGAUGACGCAAAAGCUCCGUGCACUCAGCCUUCGAAAUGGCGGACUCCCGAGUUCUACUUCUACUACUUUAUCUUCAUAACCGUCGUACCGACUAUGUUCAAGACCGUAUACGAUGUGUCGAAAGAGUCGGAUCCCAAUUACCCCAAAUAUGAGCAUUUACUUUCCGACGGAUGGAUUCCUGGACGGAAAGUGGAUAAUUCAGAUGCUCAAUACUCCUCCUUCCGCGACAACGUACCAUAUCUGUUUCUAGUCGUCAUUAUCCACCCCCUACUCCGUCGGGUGUAUGACUAUUUAUGCCGCGCCGAUACAUACACCCAAGUUCGACCGACUUCCACUGCGUCGCCAAAUGGACAGCUUACCAUGGGUCUGUCAGCGCAUGCUGCGGCAGAUGCAAGAUUGGAACAACGCAUAUCCUUUGAUCAUGUUUUCGCUUUGGUCUUCCUGUUCGCCCUACACGGGCUGUCAGCAGUGAAGGUUUUCCUUAUCUUGUACGUGAACUACAAGAUUGCAACUGCAUUGCCACGGAGCUAUGUACCCGUAGCGACCUGGACCUUCAACAUCGCUACGCUUUUUGCCAAUGAGCUUUACCGCGGGUACCCGUUUGCCGACAUUGCAGCUUUCGUGGGCCCCGGAACAGCUGCGUCAUCCGAGGACAACUGGGGAGCGUGGUUGGACAGCUAUGGAGGCUUGAUGCCGAGAUGGGAAGUCCUUUUCAACAUCACGGUCCUCCGCCUGAUCAGUUUUAACAUGGACUAUUACUGGAGCUGGAAUAUGCGCGGCGGUAGUCCAAUCGAGAAGAAACAGCUCGACCCUGCCAACUUGUCUGAGCGUGAUCGCGUUUCUACGCCGGCAAAGGCAGGAGACUACUCGUUCCGAAACUACUUGGCCUACAUUUUAUACUCUCCGCUUUACCUUGCAGGACCCAUUCUGACGUUUAACGACUAUAUCUCGCAACAGCGCUACCGCGCUCCCAGCAUCACUCGCCAACGCACCACGCUCUAUGCCAUUCGCUUCCUUCUAUCUCUCCUCGCCAUGGAGCUUGUUAUCCACUACAUCUACGCCGUUGCUAUUUUCCAUGUUCAACCUAAUUGGGGCAUGUACACGCCAUUCCAGUUGAGCAUGCUGGGCUACUUCAACCUCCACCACAUAUGGCUGAAGCUGCUGCUGCCAUGGCGGUUCUUCCGCCUCUGGGCGCUGCUCGAUGGCAUCGACCCGCCAGAGAACAUGGUGCGGUGCAUGAGCGACAAUUACUCAGCACUCGCCUUCUGGCGGGGCUGGCACCGCAGUUUUAACCGCUGGAUCGUGCGCUACAUCUACAUACCCAUCGGCGGCAGCGGCAUCGCCGGCCGCUGGGGCAAGGUCCGCGCCAUCGCGAACUACCUUGCCGUCUUCACGUUCGUCGCGCUCUGGCACGACAUUCAGCUGCGGCUGCUGAUGUGGGGUUGGAUGAUCUCGUUCUUCGUCGCACCUGAGGUCCUGGCCGGAAUGCUCUUCCCCCGGCGCAAGUGGACCGACCGCCCAACGGCGUAUCGCAUGCUUUGUGGCGUCGGCGCCGUGGGCAACGUGCUAAUGAUGAUGGCGGCAAACCUGGUCGGCUUCGCGAUCGGGCUGGAUGGGCUCGAGGGCCUGGCGAAGGGCAUUUUCGGAAGUUAUUCCGGGCUGGGGUUCUUUGCUGCGGCGUGCGGGGCGCUGUUUGUGGGUGUACAGAUCAUGUUCGAGGUCCGCGAGCAGGAGAUGAGGCAGGGUGUUAGGAUGAAGUGCUGAUCUAGCAGACUUUCUGUAUCUAUGGCCCGGCGAGGGAUUCGCUGAGGAUAGAUGGAAUUAUUUGAUACAUGCACACAUAGAAACACGAGCGCCACAUUUUCGACAUACAAUUUAUCCGC